CCACACUUCGCUCCAACCCCUCCGAACCCUAGUAUUAGUUAAUUACUCCCCCGUUCGUUCGUUCCCUCCAAAUCCAAAUGCCCCUUCCUCUCCAACGCAUUUUUGUUAGAUUCUCUUCGAUUCCUCUCUCUUCUCCCGCGAAAACCCUAGCGAUGCCGACGACGCGAUCGUCCUCGCGAUCGCUUCGAUCCGAAGCGCGAAUCGCCAGCUCGAAGCUCGAUCCUGGUUCUGAACACUUAUCUGAUGGUUCUGAAGCUGAAGUCCAUACAUCCACCAGGAAAAAGAGGGUAAAACGGGUAGUCGGAAUUAAUGGAGAGAGUCCAAACAGAGAAAAUCCUGAUCAGAAACUUGAUGGCUUGCCAGAUAUCGAAGAGUUUGCUUAUAGCAAGGUGAAGGCGUCUACAACUUUAAUUCCUAAAGAUAAAAGGAUGCGCUCCAGUAUUUCUGCUAAGUUGGAGAGAAAGGUUGAAGCUUCAAGUACACCAAAAGUAGAAGCCCCGGCAAAUUGGGAACUAGCUCUUGAAGGGAUUAGGAAAAUGAGGUUAUCUGAAGAUGCACCUGUAGAUUCUAAGGGAUGUGAAAAGGCAGGUAGUCUUCUACCACCGAAGGAAAGAAGGUUUGCAGUUCUGAUUUCGUCAUUGCUAUCAAGCCAAACCAAAGAUGAAGUUACUCAUGGUGCUGUUGAGCGACUCACCGAGAAAGGGUUACUAGAUGCUGAUGCUAUUGUUAGAACUGAUGAAGCAAGCAUUGCAAGCUUGAUCUAUCCAGUUGGAUUUUACCAGAGAAAGGCUUGUUACAUGAAGAAAGUUGCACAAAUUUGUCUUGAGAAGUAUGGAGGAGACAUCCCUCCCUCUUUAGAUGAACUGCUUGCACUGCCGGGAAUAGGACCUAAAAUGGCUCAUCUGGUUAUGAUUGUUGGAUGGAACAACGUUCAAGGAAUUUGUGUAGACACGCACGUUCAUCGCAUUUGUAACCGACUUGGAUGGGUAUUCCGACCAGGAACAAGACAGAAAACUUUAACUCCCGAGGAAACAAGAGUAUCUCUUCAGACAUGGCUACCGAAGGAUGAGUGGGCGCCUAUCAAUCCUCUGUUGGUUGGAUUUGGGCAAACUGUGUGUACUCCUCUGUGGCCCAAGUGUGGAAUCUGCAGCAUAAACAAGCUCUGCCCCUCUGCUUUCAAGGAAUCAUCAAGCCCCAAUUCAAAAGCCAAGAAGUCAAGCCCUAGUAAAAAAGCUUGAGCUGUAAAUCUUGCCUUUUUUGAAUUGUGUCAACUACUUCAUCUAACAUUACUAGUUGCCUUUACAUGCAAUUACAAGUGUACUGUGCCACAUGCAGUCAUUUGUGCCAUGGGCUUCUUUUGUAUACAAGAAGACACUGUACCUGUAAUUAUACUAU